ACUGAUCAGCAGGGAGACCAACGCCAUUGUUCUGGGGAGGGAAAGGCCAGCACUCUGUGGGAGAGAACCAUGUCUGUUCGAGAGACAUUUAACCCAGAGAGCUACGAACUGGACAAGAGCUUCCGCUUGACCCGCUUCACGGAGCUGAAGGGCACAGGCUGCAAAGUGCCUCAGGAUGUCUUACAGAAGCUGCUCGAAUCUCUACAAGAAAACCAUUUUCAGGAAGAUGAACAGUUCCUGGGGGCAGUCAUGCCCAGGCUGGGAAUCGGGAUGGACACGUGUGUUAUUCCAUUAAGACAUGGAGGUUUGUCGUUGGUUCAGACAACAGAUUAUAUUUAUCCUAUUGUGGAUGAUCCUUAUAUGAUGGGACGGAUAGCAUGUGCCAAUGUCUUAAGUGACCUUUAUGCCAUGGGGGUCACAGAAUGCGACAACAUGUUGAUGCUCCUUGGAGUCAGCAAUAAAAUGACAGACAGGGAAAGAGACAAAGUGAUGCCACUAAUUAUCCAGGGUUUCAAAGAUGCAGCAGAAGAAGCAGGAACAUCUGUUACUGGUGGCCAAACAGUGUUAAAUCCCUGGAUUGUUUUAGGAGGAGUGGCCACAACAGUCUGUCAGCCUAAUGAAUUUAUAAUGCCAGACAAUGCAGUGCCAGGAGAUGUGCUUGUAUUAACUAAACCCUUGGGAACACAAGUGGCUGUAGCCGUCCACCAGUGGCUAGAUAUUCCAGAAAAAUGGAACAAAAUCAAACUAGUGGUAACACAGGAAGAUGUAGAACUAGCAUACCAGGAAGCAAUGAUGAAUAUGGCAAGGCUGAAUCGAACAGCUGCUGGACUUAUGCACACUUUCAAUGCACAUGCAGCUACGGACAUCACAGGAUUUGGAAUCCUGGGACAUGCACAAAACCUUGCCAAGCAGCAGCGAAAUGAGGUGUCCUUUGUUAUUCAUAAUCUUCCUGUUCUUGCUAAGAUGGCUGCUGUCAGUAAGGCUUGUGGCAAUAUGUUUGGCCUUAUGCAUGGGACUUGUCCAGAGACUUCAGGAGGUCUCCUUAUCUGUUUACCACGAGAACAGGCAGCACGUUUCUGUGCCGAGAUCAAGUCUCCAAAAUACGGCGAAGGUCACCAAGCAUGGAUUAUUGGCAUUGUAGAGAAGGGCAACCGCACGGCCAGAAUCAUAGACAAACCACGAAUCAUUGAAGUUGCACCACAGGUGGCCACUCAGAACGUGAACCCGACGCCUGGUGCCACCUCUUAAUAGAGAUGAAAUAGCUGUUUGUUUUUAAAUAGAUCUAUUCCUUUAUCAUCCUACAACUUAAAGAACUGUAAAAAAGAAAAGAAAAUUUGUUGUGUCUGCACAUCUGGUGGCCUUAGGUCAGUUUAUGAGUGGAUACAAUUAAUGAAAUAAAAUCCAUUGCCUUUUUUUCCUGUUACAUUAACUGAAGAUGCACCUAAUCUUGAGGCAGCUUCUGAGUUGAGAAUUAUAUUGUUAUCCAAUACUGUUGAUUCAUUUUGAAUCUUUAGACACUUAUCUCUUGCCGCAUAGGCUCUUUUUAAAGGUGCUUUCACGUAGCACAGACAUUACCAGUAGUAGUGUCAAAUAGCAUUGUGUCCUUUCAUUAUGUGUAUAUUUAUCAUAAGUCUAAUUUGGAUGCCUUGAGUGAUAUUCCAGAAAGGCAAUAAAUUUGAUAAGCGACACAGUGGGUAUAUCCAGUAGUAAGAGGGUUGCAUGACUACAUUCAAUCUUUGAUUUUUAUUUUUAUUUUGUAAGGUUUAGUCUUACCAAGAGCAUCUAUGACCCUGGACAUUGCUUGGUGUAGUGCACUCUGUUGAAACGAGCAAGUGCUGACUUUGCAUGGAAAUAGCUUCAGAGUCGAAGGAGUCAUUUUUAAUUUCAUUAUUUGUAGACCUGACAACAUUUAUUGUAUUAUCAAUGAUUUUUCUUUAUUGAUGGUAAGGAAAAAAAUCAUUUUUUUGCAAUGUGAUUGGAUGUGCUAUAGUGCAACAAAGGUUUUGCAGACCAAAAGGAGGUUACUGUAUAAUAUUCAUUUACAAUUCACUAUAUAAAUAACUUCACAAAUAAUUUUUAAAUAUAAUCAAGCUAAAAUAAACCUCUGUUCUGUGGAUGGUAGUGUUUAAUACAUUUUAUAUUUUGUAUAGUGAUUACAGCCUUUUGUGUUUCUUUAAAAUCAGCAGCUGUUUAGUAUAAUUCUUAGUAUUAUUUUGUUCUUUGCUCAAAUACAUUUUUGUGCACGCUUUUGUGAUCUGUGUUUAAAAUCUACAUUGCCAACAUUGCAGCUUGAACUUUAGCUUGUUAUUCAAAAUAAAUAUUUAAUUUUUUUUAUUGCUCUUGUAUAAAAGCAUGAACUCUUUUGAUUCCUGCCUGAAUUACAAAGUGGAAAGAGGAGAAGUUCUCCUUAUUAUUUUUUUAUUUUAUUGCAAGUGUAGUGAUAUCAAUUGUUGCUAUUACUCCUUUGGUUGAUUCUGCAAGCUGUGAUGUCCCAUGGUAAUCUAGAAUAUCUCCUGCAUGUCAGGACUGGGGACAGAUAGGUUAUCUCCAAAUCUGUUUUCCACUUCAUUUUGUUUAUUUCGGUUGUCAGCACAGAAUAUGCAAUGAUUUUGGAUCGUUUCCUCUCUAUCCUCUGCAAGUCUUCUGGCUGUACCUCUUCCAACCUAAGCAAGAGUUUGUGAGCAGCCCUGUGAAUCAAAGGAGUGCUGAAGCCAUCCUUCCUCUGAGGGUUUGUUGAGCUGCCUGGUUGUAGCACAUUCACUGCUAACUCUGCUCUGCCAACCCACAGGAGCCAAGGCAUGCCAUGCAAUUCUUCAGCAUAAUGGAACUGAGUGCGUUUCAUGGAAUCAGCUCUUUUACAAAGUCUCCCAGGUUGUGGAAUUAGCUCCUUGAUAUUCAGACCAGGAAGAAGAAAACAGUUGAUAAUCAAUACCACUACCAGCAAGAACAGCAAGGGCUUCUGUCUAUGAAAAAUGACUCACUGCAGGUGAAUCUGUCUGGUGCAUCAAGCAAGGCUUACAUUUUCAGUCUUGGUCCUGGUGACACCUGGGGCAAAACAUGGCUCAUCUUUUUUCAUUCAGUAGCAUUCUCAACAGGCACCUUGUAACGAGUUAGAAUUUUUUUUUUUCCUUUGUGAGUAACGUGAAACAAUUAGAACAUCACUCUUCCUGGAAAAUAGGUCUGUAAGUUUUAUGUUCACAACCCAGUCUCAAAGCAGUCACUGAAUUUUUGACUUUGCUGCUCUGGAAAGAUAACUCUGAAGAGUUUUCACAGCAGUUCUGAACACCAAAAUAAAGCAUCAAAACUGGU